AAUGGCGACGUGUGCACGAGGCCGGCCGGGCUCUGCCGCGCUUCACUCCACCACCGCCCCUGCCUCUCACCGCUGCCACUCUCCAUGUGCCCCAAUCACUGCAUCUGGCUCCACCCCCAUUCCAUCCCCUACCUCUCCCUGCAGCUCGAUCUCCUCUUAAAACCCACCUCUCAAGUCUCCCGUUCCUUCCUAUAAAGGCUCGCACCUGCAGCUCCGGCCAACGCAAACCUUUCACCCAUAAAGCUCCUCCAUUUCUUUCCCCAAAUCUCAUAUCAGUAUCUCACUGGAAAACUAGUUUCUGAGUCGAUGUGUUCCAUAUUCCCGUCGCAUUCGGUCGUCGGCAUAUCGGCGUCGCAAGCGCAGGAAGAAGGCGGUGGCUUUCGGAGCCCAGAGAGCAGAGCCAGCAUGAGCAGCAGCGGCUCCCUGACCUCCCCUUCAGCACCUGUCUGCUCAAGAUCAUGGUCUAUAAGCGAGGACUCGCUGCGGCGGUACGUGAGCUACGCCAGCGAGAGCUGCAUCCAGGAGCUGCUGGCGGCGUCGGACUCCGGGCGGGGCGCCGCCGGCGACGGCGACGACGGGUGGAAGGUGCUGGUGUACCAGAACGGCGUGGAGAUAUCGAAGCGGCGGGCGGGGCCGGCACACGUGUUCCGGAGCCGGUGGCUGCUGCAGGACGUCUCGCCGGAGCAGUUCAUGGCCGCCGCCAACGCCGUCGACGCCGCAAAGCAGUGGGAGUCGGACCAGCUGGUUGAGGCUUCGUACAUCAGGGAGCUGGGCGAGGACCUCAGCAUCAUCCACCUCAAGUUCGGCGACGCCUCCUCCACGCGGCGGCCCGCGCGGCGCCGGGACCUCGUCGUCUACGAGCGCCGGCAGGCCAUGGACGACGGCACGCUGGUCGUCGCCGUGGCGUCGCUGCCCAAGGAGAUCGCCGCGGGCCUGCUGCCCCCGGCGAAGGGCGGCGGCAGCAACCCCGUCGGCCGGGGCCUGCUGCUGCAGUCCGGGUGGGUCGUCGAGAAGCUCGACGACGGCGACGGCGGCGCCUCGUGCGUUGUGACGUACGUGGUGCAGCUGGACCCGGCGGCCGGGUGGCUGCCGCGGUGCCUCGUCAGCCGGCUCAACAGCAAGCUGGUCAUGAUCAUCGCCAAGCUCCGGAGGAUCGCGCAGGCCACCGUGCCGGCCGCCGCCGGCGGCGGCGGCGGCGGUGAGAUGUGACGUCGCCGGAGUAAAUAUUAUGGUUUUGGUAGUAGGAACGCCGAGUGCAUGUCGAGUGAUGCCGAUCGAGCUUCAAUAUAGUGCUAUCAUAUAUGUUAUGUGAGUGAGAAUGUAAUGUGUGUUUGUGUUUAUGUAGUGUAUACGUACGCACGUACUCUGCUUCUGCAAAUGGCUGCAGAAUUGUAACAGCCAGCUGCAGUUCAACUGUCUACAAUAUAUAGGGAGAAAAGUAGCAUCAAUUUUGUCAUGUCCUUUUUAUAGGAAAAAAAGUUUGCAUCGCAGAUUAUUAUCAA